AUGGCCCGGGAUCGGGCUGCGCGUGACUCCAGAUAUCUUUACGAAGACAAUUCUGACAAGCAACGGGAGCGUGACCGCGAGGAGCGCAGAUACCGCCGAAGACACCGGCAUCGCGACGAUUUCGACUACGACUACGAAGACCACAGGCAGCGACGAGAGCGUCGAAGAGCGGAGGAGGCCAGACGACAAGCCGAGGUCGACAUUGAUGAAUUAAGGGCACGCCGAGAGUCAUAUUACAGCAGGCCCGAGGCCGAUCGACGUCGCGACUCGCAGCGCAUGGCACAGGAUAUUCGCGUGGAACGGGAAAAGGAUAGACCGCGGAGUAGUAAGAAGGAGGUCAGACGGGACGGUACGGUGCGGCGAAAGAAGAGGAGGGAAACAGUCGAGGAUGACCGGAGCGACGACUACGUUUAUGGCCGGCCCAAAUCAAGGGCGGUGGUGGAGGAGGUCACCAUCUGCCUCGCUGCGCAAAGAAGAAGUGCCGAAAUUGAGCAGGAGCAUGUCGGCACGAGAGUCACAGCGAGUGUACAUGACCAGACCGUCCGCACGACGUACCAGCACUAUCAAAUUGCCGGCGGCGACCGCUGCGCCUCUAGCGAGGUCGCAUACUGUAUCCGCCAAAGACACCAGAAGAAGUAG